AAGAGGGGAGUCUCUGGCUGGGCCGGGGCCGUAGCGACGUCCGACGCGAACCUGGGUCCCCCAAAAGCUGCGGGGCGUUCGGUGUCGCCGAAGUAAACAUGCACCCUGAGCCCUCGGAGCCUGCGGCAGGUGGUGCAGCAGAGCUGGAUUGCGCGCAGGAGCCCGGCGUGGAGGAGUCUGCAGGUGACCACGGGAGCGCAGGCCGAGGGGGCUGCAAGGAUGAAAUUAAUGAUCCUAAGGAAAUAUGUGUGGGUUCUUCUGACACAUCCUACCAAAGCCAGCAGAAACAGAGUGGUGAUAAUGGGUCAGGUGGUCACUUCGCACACCCAAGAGAAGACAGGGAAGAUCAGGGCCCCAGAAUGACUAAAAGUUCCCUGCAAAAACUCUGCAAGCAGCACAAGCUUUAUAUUACCCCAGCAUUGAAUGAUACACUGUAUUUACACUUUAAAGGUUUUGAUCGCAUUGAGAACCUGGAAGAGUACACAGGGCUGCGCUGUCUCUGGCUGCAGAGCAACGGAAUACAGAAAAUCGAAAACCUGGAGGCCCAAACCGAGUUGCGUUGCCUCUUCUUGCAAAUGAACUUGCUCCAUAAAAUUGAGAACUUGGAACCUUUGCAGAAACUGAAUACUCUUAACCUCAGUAACAAUUACAUCAAGACCAUUGAAAACCUCUCCUUCCUCCCAGUCCUGAACACGCUGCAGAUGGCCCACAAUCACCUGGAGACCGUGGAGGACAUUCAGCAUCUACAAGAGUGUUUGAGGCUUUCUGUCCUUGACCUUUCGCACAACAGGCUGAGCGACCCAGAGAUCCUGAGCAUUCUGGAAAGCAUGCCCGAUUUGUGUGUACUGAAUUUGAUGGGAAACCCGGUUAUCAGACACAUUCCUAAUUAUAGAAGGACAGUCACUGUACGACUAAAGCACUUAACAUACCUGGAUGAUAGACCAGUGUUUCCAAAGGACAGAGCUUGUGCGGAGGCCUGGGCUAGGGGAGGGUACGCAGCUGAAAAGGAGGAGAGACAGCAGUGGGAAAGCAGGGAGCGGAAGAAGAUCACGGACAGCAUUGAAGCCUUGGCCAUGAUCAAGCGGCGGGCAGAGGAGAGGAGAAGACAGAGAGAGAGUCAAGAGAGAGGGGAGAUGACAUCUUCAGAUGAUGGUGAGAACGUGCCCGCCAGUGCGGAAGGCAAGGAGGAGGCUCCUGGGGACAGAGAAACAAGGCAGAAGAUGGAGCUAUUUGUUAAGGAAAGCUUUGAGGCCAAGGACGAGCUCUACCCAGAAAAGCCAAGUGGAGAGGAGCCGCCUGUGGAGGCUAAAGGAGAGGAUGGAGGUGGAGAGCCAGAGGGUACCCUCCCAGCUGAGACCCUGCUACUGUCGCUGCCUGUGGAGGUUAAAGGAGACGAUGGAGAUCAAGAGCCAGAGGGGACCCUCCCAGCUGAGACCCUGCUACUGUCACUGCCUGUAGAGGCUCAAGGAGAGGAUGGAGGUGGAGAGCCAGAGGGGACCCUCCCAGCUGAGACCCUGCUACUGUCGCCGCCUGUGGAGGUUAAAGGAGAGGAUGGAGAUCGAGAGCCGGAGGGGACCGUCCCAGCUGAGGCCCCGCCACUGCUGCCCCUGGGAGCUGCCAGAGAAGAGCCGACUCCCCAGGCUUCGGCCACUGAGGGUGUAUUCGUUACGGAACUUGAUGGAACGAGAACGGAAGAUUUAGAAACCAUUAGACUGGAGACAAAGGAGACAUUCUGCAUUGAUGACCUACCUGACUUGGAAGAUGAUGAUGAAACAGGCACAGCUCUGGAAGACCAGAGUAUGUGCCUUCCGAAGAUUGAGGUCAUCUCGAGCUUGAGUGAUGACAGUGACCUUGAACUGGACUACAUGUCACUCCCUGUGCUGGAAAACCUGCCCACAGAUACUCCGUCAAAUAUAUUUGCAGUCUCUAAAGACACCUCAAAGAAGGUUCGGGUGCCCUUCACAGACAUCUUUAAAAAAGAAGCUAAGAGGGCCUGGGAAAUCCAAAAACAAGACAUCAAGUCCCCAAGACCGCUGAUCGAGGAGCUCAGCGAUGAGGACGCCUCUGGCCAGCCACUGAUGCCCCCCACCUGCCAAAGAGAUGCUGCAUCACUCACUUCCAGCAGAGACAGGGACAGCGGCUUCCUUGUAGCCUCUUCUCCGGUGCCGACUGAGAGCGCCGCCACACCCUAAGAGACGUGUGUUGGAGUUGCCCAGCCCCGCCCAGCCCAGCUCUGCCUACGUGGGACCUCACUGCAUUCCCAGCGCCGAAAGCAUCAUAGUUUUCCCCAGUUGUAUGUAGCAUAAAUGGUUUAAUUAUAAAUGUCUCCUUUAGGCAUGAUAAACAUUUUAACACCCGUGUGAGUCAGUGUAUGAUUGGGCUAACUCCUGUUUGUGUGAGGCAUAUGCAAUUCCUUUCACUAGCCACCCUGAAAAAAGACCUUUCUCUUAUUGUGUCAUCAGAAACCAGACAGACCUGGGUCCCUGCAAAAUCUCAAGUGAGUAUUUUCCCCACAGGAAAACAGAAUCUUCCAUUGCAGCUAGAGAAACUCUGAGGAAGAGGGACUUGAUGCUUUAGACAUCAAAAUAAGAAGGGGAGGAAAGAAAGGGGGGAGUCUGUGAGGCACAACAGAGAAUUCUUCCAAACUGACGUGACCAUGAUCCUCUGCUCAGAGGGCACUACUGAGAGCCCACAGGUGCCAGACCCAUGUCCCGAGGGAGAAGGAACAUCAGCCAUCAUCUCUGUGCAUGAGCUCAGUGUCAGAUAGUAGCUGUGGCGGGACGCUGUCCAGCCUAAAAAGUGUGACCAUUCCAAUUCAUCUUCAGCUGACAAGUUUAUUUAAUCCCUGAACCUGGAUCCAAGGCAUCUCCCUGUACAAAACAUCAGACUGGGGCAGACAUUGACAAAGCAACCCAAAACAGCAGCUGCCGACCGCCGCUGUGCCCACCUCAUCAGCGGCUCUGCAGGAGCCUCACUCCACCCUCACCAAACACAAGGAGCCAGCACUACUGGCCCCCAUUUCACCAGACAGGAAGGCGUGAGAACUGAGGGACCUGCCUGAGGCCCCCACAGCUGAGGCGCAGCGGAGACCUGCCUCCCGGCACAGACUAGAAUCCCAGCAACACAGGCCCGUCAGCACCUCCAACCUGCCUUUCGGGAUGAUCUUCAGGCGAAUAUACAAAAUACAAAAGAAA